AUGAAACACCCACUUCUAGCUAACCCAGUACGCUGGCUCCGAGGAGCGCAAAAGCGCCAUUCUGCCAGUCUCUAUGACACUUCCGCUUACGAUACCACCACAUUGGCAUCAAGCCCUUUUGCCCAGGCGCUCCUGGCUACCAGACAAGAUAUCCUGGGUAAAAGGUUCCCCAUAGGCAACAUGAUCCAGAUGAUUGUGGAGCGAAAAGGACACAACAAUUAUGAGAUUGUGCCUGUACUAGAGAAACCAACAAAGGGGACACAUCCAGGUAGCUACGUGAUGAACAGAGCUCUGUACAUUGACUUUGCCCAGAAGAGGAUGUUUCUACCGGUACCGCUGAAGAGAAGACAAAGGGACCUCAAUAUCAUGAACAUCACCAAGGUCGUUGCCAAAUUCAACGAUGUACACAGAGAACAGCUUGAAGGAAGAAUUCAACUUCUCAUGGAAAACAGAAAGAAGGGAACUGGACCAGGUCUUUGGGCUGUACCGAAGUCUGGUGAAACAUGGCUACUGUGGGACGGGUCAAUACCACAGCUUCAUACAAGCACAGUCAAAGAGCCUGUGUUUCUUCCGUACAAAGAGAAUACGGCUUUGUGCCUACUAGUACUCAAGCACGCCAGGUUCUGCGAUUACCCCAAAGGCACUUAG